CGGGCAUGGAGCCGGGCGCGGAGCCGGGCCCGCCGCUGGGCGCGGAGCUCGGCGCGGUGCUCGAGGCCGUGGAGGGGCGCGGCGACGGCGGCGCCGAAGCGGUGGAGCGCGUCCUGGCGCGGUACAACGAGGAGAAUCGGGCCACUUUCAGAUUUGAUCCUGCAGAUGAAGACAAAAGAAAGAAACUGUGUGAGGGAAUUCUAAACAUCCUUGAAAAAGACACAAAAACUUCAUGUCAAGUUGCCUGCCUGGAGGCCCUCCGAAUUCUCUCCAGGGACAAGAAGGUUUUAGUGCCUGUAACCACMAAGAGGAACAUGCAGAUCCUUAUGAAGCUAGCAAAGCUGGACACUGUGGAAGAYCCUUUGGAGACAGAAUCUGAAUUUCCUGUGAUAGUCGAAGCCUUAAAAUGCCUCUGUAACAUAAUUUUUAAUAGUUCAGUUGCACAGAAGCUCAGUUUGGAACUGAAUCUUGCAGCCAUGCUUUGCAAUCUUCUGCAGAAAUGUCAGGAGCGGCAGCUGGUUGGUGACAUUAAAUGCUUUGAUUUGCGUCUCCUGUUCCUCCUGUCCCUUCUGCACACAGAUAUCAGAUCACAGCUCCGUCAGGAACUGCAAGGGGUGCAAGUUUUGACUCAGGCUUUGGAGAGCUCCCUGAGUGUAAGAUGGACAGAGGAAUAUAAAGCAGCAGAAGAUCGUGACAGGCCUCCUCUGUCUUUGCAAGAGACAGACUGUGCCAUUGAGGCACUAAAGGCUCUCUUUAAUGUAACACUUGACAGUUGGAAUGUCCACAGCAAGAAUGAAUCUCAUCAAUUUCGUUACAUGGCUGCCAUCCUUCGACACUGCUUAUUAACCACGGGCCCUACUGAAGAAAAAACUGAAGAGUUGCACAGCAAUGCAAUCAACCUCUUAAGCAAUGUUCCUGUUUCUUGCUUGGAUGUUCUUAUUAAUCCAUCGUCCCAGGAGGAAACAGAUAUAAAAUACAAUGGUAUGAAUAUGGGAGCUAUUCAGAUUUUACUGGAUUUCAUGGAGAAGAGAAUAGACAAGGGAAGCAGCUAUAGAGAAGGUCUGACUCCAGUUCUCAGUUUAUUAACUGAAUGCUGCCGAACUCACAGGAAUAUCAGGAAGUUUAUCAAAGCUCAGGUACUACCUCCAUUAAGAGAUGUGUCCAACCGUCCUGAAGUUGGCACAACYGUGAGGAACAAACUCGUGCGCCUUAUGACACACGUUGACCUUGGAGUAAAGCAAAUUGCAGCAGAAUUUCUCUUUGUUCUUUGUAAAGAGAGAGUUGAUAGCUUGUUGAAAUACACAGGCUAUGGYAAUGCAGCAGGAUUGCUGGCAGCRAGGGGCCUGCUAGCAGGAGGAAGAGGAGAUCAUUGGUACUCAGAUGAUGAAGAUACAGACACAGAAGAAUACAAAUCUGCAAAGCCAAACAUUAACCUCAUCACUGGCCACUUAGAAGAACCAAUGCCCAAUCCAAUGGAUGAAAUGACAGAGGAACAAAAGGAAUAUGAAGCUAUGAAGCUUGUCAACAUGUUUGAUAAACUUUCCAGAGAUGAGCUCAUAAAGCCCAUGGGAGUGCGGCCCGACGGGACAAUGGCUCCUUUGGAGGAAGCAGUCAGCCAGUACCAGACCAACAAGCAAGAGAGCUCGGAUUCAGACUAAGGCAUCACCUGCUUCACUCUCAAUYCUCUAAUCCACACUUCUCCUUAGAGCCACAUCUUUUAUGCUCACAUUAGCCAGCGUCAUUUUAACUGUUCUAUUAUUGGCAUAUUUAAACGAUGGGUCCUGUGCUGUAAUGUCUGAGUUUUUAUUAUGUCUGUUUAGAGAACAUAUCAGUUUAUUCAUUUAUGAUCUUUAUUAAUUUAAAAUUAAAUGUAUUUCGAAGGGAUAACAAGCAAAAGCCUACAAUGUAAAAUAAAGUCCACUUUCAUUUUCCAGAAUCCUCUUUUCUGAACUCUGUAGGUUUUCCCAUUCUUGAAAAUCUUUUGUAUUGUCUUGCCAGUCUUCCUCUUUAUAUAAUUAUUAGUAUUAAUGAAGCGUGUUUACUUAAUGGCAUYAGGAGCAGAGGGUGUUUAAAGUUAGGAGUCUGACUUUGUGAGGCUGCUUUAGCAGGCACUGAGCAGUGAUUUCAAAGCUCCCCCUUUUUAAGUGCCAUGGGGUUUCUCACUGCUACAAACUUCUCCAGUUAAGCUGCUGCUUAAGAUUUUAACAAUGUGUCAGCAUCCCUAAAAUUGCCUUGAACUGGGAACAAGAUGAUGUAUGUUGUAUGUCUUCCCUCCCUCYCUCCCUCCUUGGCUAAGACCACACGAAUAUACCCCCUCCUCCCCUCUUUGGGUAAGUAAAAACAUCCCUAUUGAAAAUGCUGUUCAAGUAUUGCACUGAAAUGUUGCCCCAAAUGGGAGGGGAUGGGAAUGCAUGUGCCUGUGGUUCACUGAAUUGGGGCCUGCUUUUGGAGAUUAACUGCUAUGCCUCACUUGAAGACAAGGCAAACUAAUCUACAAACAAAUAUUUCCUGUUAGAGAGAACAUAGGAARCAAUGGGACAGAGAACGGGAAGGUGGAAAGGAGCAAAAAGUGUCACUUUCAAUUCUGUACUCUUUAAAAAAAAAAAGAUUAAAGUUUUAGGCGUGCUGCA